UCAUCUCACCCGCGGACCGCGCAUGAGAACGAAACCCUGGAUUAUCAUUGCGCACUCAACAAGCAUUAAAGGCAAAAUGACAGAGUUACAGUCUUCAUCACCAAAUGAGAAGUUGGGUUUAAGUGCCAGCGAACUGACUGAAUUAUUCGCCAUGUGGGAAGAAUUAAACUUCACGGACUCCAAUAACAGCUCACGGGUUGAAACGCAAAUGUGCCCGGCUUCCUUUAACCGUUCUGCUCUCCUCAAUGCCAUGUGCACCCUCUAUGCCUUCAUUUUCGUCGUUGGCCUGGCUGCCAAUGCUCUAGUAGUGUGGGUCAACAUGCGCUCGCAGCGUCAUUACCACGAGACGCACCUGUAUAUAUUAAACCUAGCGGUGGCUGACCUGUGUGUGGUGGCUACUCUUCCUGUGUGGGUGAGCUCGCUGGCACAGGGAGGACAAUGGGCGUUUGGUCAGGCGGCUUGUAAACUCACACAUCUUCUAUUCAGUGUCAAUCUUUUCGCCAGCAUCUUCUUCCUGACCUGCAUGAGUGUGGACCGGUAUCUCUCUGUGGUUAAGUUUAGGGAGAUUUCUCACAGACGAGGAAGACAAGUUCGGCGUGUAGUGUGUGCGAUAACAUGGCUGCUUGCUUUAUUCGCCUCAGUACCCGACACAUACUUCCUGCAGUCUGUGAAGUCACAACACAGUCACGUGACCUUGUGUUUUCCUGUAUACCCACAGGAAAACCCUUUGCAGUGGAUGGUGGGCAUACAACUGAGUUUUGUAGUUCUUGGUUUUGCCAUACCGUUCCCUAUUAUAGCUGUGUCAUACGCACUGUUGGCAAACACUUUGGCUUCCCCUUCCACUCAUUCACCUUCAAAUGGAGACCAGGAUCGAAGUGUGAGCAGGAAGGUCAUCUUAAUGUACAUAGUAGUUUUCAUAGCUUGCUGGGCACCAUAUCAUGCGGUGCUGUUAGCCGAUGCUCUAGCCAUGUUAGGUGUGCUUCCACUGGGAUGCAGUUCAGAGAACGGCCUGUUUGUGGCACUUCACCUUACUCAAUGCCUGUCGCUGCUGCACUGUUGUGUAAAUCCUGUGGUCUACAGUUUCACCCACCGUCACUAUCGCUAUGAUCUCAUGAAAGCCUUCAUCUUCAAAUACUCCACCCGUACGGGGCUUGCUCGACUCAUUGACGGCUCUCAGGGUAAUGAGACGGAGUAUGCAAUGGUGGAGAACAACCCUCCGAUUGUGACUUAGAACCCUUCAGAUUGUCACUCUCAACCAAAGUUCUGCACUGCUUCAAUACACAAAGUACCCUACACUCUUGGAAAAAAUGGUAGAGUGUCGUACCAAAGAAGGUACAAAUAUUUGUCACUGGGGCAGUACCUUUUUAUGGCACAGAAUUGUACCUUAAGACAAAGAAACAAAUAUCUACCAUUGCAGUUUGUACCUUUACGGACUUGAUUUGUACCAUGGGAAACCAAAAUGUACCUUUGUUUUUUAAAACCUGCAGAUCCAAUAUUGUACCUUUGUCAAAUGUACAAAUCUGAUCUAUGAAGGUGCCAUUACAGUGACAAGACACUUUAUACUGUAACAGUGUCAAAAAUGCGUACCCCUAAUUUAUAUUUAAAAUGCCUUAAAUGUUUAGUUUACAAUACCUGUGGUUUUGUUUUACCAGUUUUAUGGAACCUAAUAAUUAAUGUUUAUGAGUUUCUUUAAACAUAUGCUUUAAAUGAUGAUUCUUGUUUUAAUAUGGAAAUUAUUCAUAAAAUCACUUUUAUUUUCAUAGAUAUUGUAAUAAAGAAAGAGUUGUCCAACACUUAUGUACCUUUUAAAUGAGAACAAUUGUGUACCUUCAUUUCAGUUGUACCAUAAAAGGUACAGAACAGUAUCAUAAGCGGUCUUUUCUGUACCCUAUAAGGUAGACAUUUUUCAAAGGUGCAAAACCGUUCCUCAAGGAGCAAUAUUUGUAUCACUGUGUACCUUUUUUUCUGAGAGUGUAACAUGCUUUCCUGAAAACUGGAUUUGAACAUGUUUUCUGUCAAUAUAAUGAUGCAUGUUUAACUGUGACUCCAAAGACAGAAUUACUCAUUUGAAACAAGCCAAAGACUUUGUUGUUCAAUCAGAACCACUCUGACUUGUUUCCCUGUAAUAUGGAAAACCAAUACUUGUUUGAUAACUUUUUUAUUCACAAAGCAGCAAACACUUAACAGUGAGUGCAAAGAUGUGGAAUAAUUUCAUUUGAAACAAUAAUUAUUUAUACCAUCUUUCCUUUGUGUCAGAUAUCAAUGGGAUUUAGAUAUUGAGAUUUCUGACAUGUUUUUACCGCUGGCUCUGACGCCAGAUCAGUUAGAUUUGAAAAGUGUUUUAUUUUUAAAUCAAAAUAGUGUGUUUCAUCUGAAAUAAGACAAAGAAUGAUGGUGUUUUAUUGUAAAACCACAGACUCAGAUCAACAUGUUUCUGUAAAAAUAGCUUUGUAAGUUGCUUCAUUACUUAUUACUGUAUAAUUUGUAUAAAAAGUGCCAAAGGCUGAUGGGAUUUUAUUAUAAAACCCAAACUAUAAAUAUUCAAACAAAUAAUUGAUUCCAAAUUAACAUGGUUUUGUGCAUAGUGUGUUACAGCAUAAGUCUUUAUUCUUCAGGAGAGGAAAUCUCCUUAAAUUGUUUCCAGUGAUGACUUUGCAGGAAUGUCUGAUGGUUUUCAAUCAUCAUAAUAGGAUUUAUGAUGCAACAGUAUUCAAGUAGGUAUAAGGUCUACAAACUAUGAAGAAACCACACUUCUGUAAGUAUUGUAACAGCAUACAGUAGUAAUGUAGCUCUAGUUCAAUUGCUGCUAACUCGAUUGCUCAAAGCACUUUCUUAAAAGAGGGGCUUUUGUGUGUGGCUGGGGAAUUGGCAUUACAUUUGAAUUUUGAACAGUCAGUUUUCAUAUGUACACUGAAACAGCUCAUUUUUAAUAUUUGAACAAUUAGAAAUGGUUUUUGUCUGUAUUUUAAUGUGCAACUGUAUUUGUACAUGAUUGUAGGAUUUGUUUAUGUGUAUUUUAUGUUUUAUGCAAGUUGUUAUGAUGAUCUUGUAACAAAACUUAGUGUGUACUUGGAAGGGCAUUCACGUUUCUGUGUCUUUUUUAGCUAUUUAAAAGAGAAAGUGUGUUGUAUUUAUCUUUACUUCGAUCAUACUUUUUAAGUUCUGAUGGAACACCGAAUACUUUGUGCUUCAUAAAUCUGCUAAAAAAUAAAUACAUUCAAAGUACCUAUUAAAUUACAUUUGUCUUAGUGCAGUUUAAGUAAUAACUGCACAUCAAAUGUUUGUUUAUUAUCUUUCCCCCCACCCCCCAAACACGAUUGUGCAUAUAUAGCUUCAGUAGUGUUUCUUAUAGAAAAUGCAUAGUUAGGAUUAACUCAUGCAUGAGCUCCUGGCCUUAAUAUGGAUUGAAUCAAGUCAUGCCUUUUCAUGUUUAAUAAAAAUCAGCACUGUAUUACUGGCUCACCAUCUGUUCAACAAUGGUGGCCCCUUUUUAUUUCAACCUCAGGGGCAUCAUAAAGAUUUAAAGGUGAUAGCUACAUGCUUUGAUAGUACCACUACAGUGGUAGAAGUUUUUUGAUUUAAUUGAAAACACUCAAGAUGAUCAUAACUAUGGCAUAUUAUCUUGCAGUCAAGCGGAUUUAACUACAUGCUUUCAAGUGCGUUUAAUGAUCAAUAUAAAAAGGAUGUAAAUGCAUAACUGAAUAUUGAACUUACUGUCUUGAGUGUCUCACAUUGAUCUACACACACGAAGAAGCUUGAAUGUUUUUAGAAAUGAAAACAAUUCUC